GCCAAGAACUAUACCAACACCAUGUUCAGAAACCAGUACUCCAGUAUGGCCCCCCAAACCUUCAAAUUUGUGGGUAAAUUUUUCACAGAUGUCUCCCUCUACAUCCUUGGCUCUGACAUCCAUGUCAAUGAUAUGGUCAACGAACUCUUUGACAGUUUGUUUCCUGUGAUCUAUUCACACCUGAUUAACCCUGGCUUCCCUGAGGUCUCCUUGGAAAUGGCUGAAUGCCUUCGUGGGGCAAGGCGGAACCUCCAAGCCUUCGGACAUUACCCAAAGAUCAUCAUGACCCAGAUGUCCAAGUCACUGCAGACAACUCGAGUCUUUCUCCAGGCCCUGAAUCUCGGAAUUGAAGUGAUCAACACAACUGACCAUUUAAAGUUCAGCAAGGACUGUGGCCAGAUGCUCCUCAAAAUGUGGUACUGUUCUUAUUGCCAGGGAUUGGCGAUGGCCAAACCUUGUGCUGGCCACUGCAGUGCCGUCAUGCAAGGAUGCCUCGCUAACGUUGUAGAGAUAGACAAAUAUUGGAGAGAAUACAUCAGCUCCCUAGAAGAGCUUGUGAAAGGCAUGUAUCGGGUCUAUGAUAUGGAACAUGUCCUACUUAGUCUCUUCACCCUGAUCCGAGACGCCAUCCUGCAUGUUCAGAAGAAUGGAGGAAAACUCACUGCCACAAUCGGCAAGCUCUGUGCCCAUCCUCAGCAGCGGCAGUAUAGAUCAGCUUAUUAUCCUGAAGAGUUCUUUAUUGACAAGAGAGUAUUAAAAGUUGCUCAUGUAGAACAUGAAGAAACCUUAUCCAGCCGGAGGAGGGAACUGAUCGCAAAGUUGAGAUCACAGAGUGACUUUUAUAGUGCUCUCCCUGGCUAUAUCUGCAGCCACAGUCCAGUGGUUGAAAAUGAUACCUUUUGCUGGAAUGGACAAGAAAUUGUGGAAAGGUACAGCCAGAAGAUGAUGAAGAAUGGAACCAAAGGCCAGGCUAGCAGCCAUGAUGUGAAAAUGAAGAGUCUUGAGCCGAUAAUAAGUCAGAUUAUUGACAAGCUGAAACACGUUAACCAGAUUCUAAAAAGUAUGGCAAUAUUGAGGCGGGCCUCAGAUAAGAAUCGUGAGGAAGACCUUGCAAGUGGCGACUGUGAUGAUGAAGAUGACUGUAACCGAGGCUCUGGUGAUGAUGGGUUAAGAGUGAAAAAUCAGCUCCGCUUCCUAGCAGAACUGGCUUAUGACCUGGAAGUGGAUGAAGCCCCUCUGAACAAGCAACUUCUGAACCAGCAAAGCAAAGAAGGGAAAAGCGUUAAAAGUCUGGGGCCAGAGAAUUCCAUGCUGGGUCUUUUGGCCGGCUUCCUACUAUAUGUGCUGUGUUUCUUUGUGCUGGUCCACUGACUCAACAGUGCAAGGCCACACUUUAAUGGUACCUAUCCCUUUGCAAUGACCCUUUGCAAAGGAAAUCUCCUUAGGAGCUAUCUCUUCUGUC